UUCCAUCAGUGCUCUGUGCAGCAGGGGAUUAUGCUUUAAUCAGAGCCUAUAUGGGAAUUGCUUUCACAUAGAUUACAGGCACGGGGCACAUCCCCAGCCGUGGGGAGCCCCCAGCCCCGCAGGCUGCUGAGCAAUCUCAGUCUCGGUGGAGCAGGGAUUAGCGGGGGCAUGGGGCUGCCGCGGGUGGGUGUGCCCCGCCACCGCCUCAUCUGCUGCCAGUCCUCUGACCCUCGACUGGGUUUUUUCGGCUAAUCCUCUUGUGUCUCCUCUGUGCUGACUUCCUGCACCCCCAGUCCCCCUGAGUGCAUGGUUCUGGGUGCCCACAGCAUCGGGCUCUCCCCAGGGCUUGUCCCGGCCCCAUGGGUGCUGACCCAAUUUUGGACCCACGUAAUGGGGGAUAUUUCAGCCUGACCCAGAGUGUGCUGCAGUUCAAUGGCUCCUUUCACCUCCCUAUCACUCUGAUGAGGCAGUACCUGCUGUCCCCCUGCACUGCCACUGUCCCUUGCAAGCACCCUUGGGUGCAGCAAAGGGAAGGUCCUUCCACCCUGGCUGUGCCUUCCCCUCCUAAUGCCUUAAUCCGCCCCUGAUCCGCAGCGCCCCUGGGGCUGGGCCCACUGACCUUGAGGGCACUGGGACCCGGUGGGCACCUUGGGGCAGGAGCUACCACCACCACCCACCAUGGCCUCCUUCUUCACGGCCGCUCUGAAGAGCUUCCAGGGGGGCAAGGACGAGUCCCCCAAGGGGGCCCCCAAAGAUGACAAGGCGGCUGCGCAGCCCAGCAGCGUGGCCCGCGAGGAGUUUGAGGAGUACCAGCGGCAGCUGCUGGAGGAGAAGAUCGAGCGGGACAAGGCAUUUGCACAGAGGAAGGCAGAACGGGCCACGGUGCGGAUGCACCUGCGGGACAAGUACCACCUGGCCCAGGACGAGCGGGACGACGCCCAGGUGCACGUGGCCGGAGGGGCGGUGGAACUGCCGCAGGAGCUGGCAGCCAUGGUGCACAGCGAGGAGGAGGAGGAGGAGGACGGCAGCGCCGGGGCCUUCGCCUUCCUGGCGAAGCUGCGGCAGGUGGAGCUGCCGGCGCUGCGGGACCGCGCUGUGGGCGGCGUGGAUCAGGUUAGGGAGAAGUGCGCCCUGAUGUAGCAGUGCUGCAGGUGCCAUCGGCAGCCCCUGUCCCCAGGAGCCACCGGAUUGCGAGGCUCUGGAUGCCUUGACUUGGGGUGCGGGUCCCAAUACACAUGUUAGGUGUGGGUUUUCUUCCCCAAAACCAUUUGCAGUUGCUUUCCCGAGGUGUGCAGGGGUGCAGAAUGCCUGGGUCCCUUCCAGCCGGUAUGGUCAGGUCCCUCUCGUGGUGCUCCUGGUGUGAGCCCCCAUAUGUCCCUGACACCGUUACCUCCCUCACAAGCCCUGGCACCGUGCACCAUUUGGCUCAAUAAAUACAGCAUUUUCCAGCACCA